GGGUUUGCUUUUCCUGCUCUAUUUCGUCGUUGUCGUUCGGCUUCGUUACUUCGACGAUUCUUCGGCGCCUUUGUCGUUCGACUUCGCUCCUUCCACGACAUUCCUUCCUGCUGGAUCGGAAGUUACGACAUUUUGUUCGGAAGCAACGACGGGAGCUCGCUCGCAGUGAAGCCGCUUGGCGGGAUUUAGCUCAAAUCAGCCUCACCUCAAAUCCGGCCUAAAUCCUGCAUCCAAACAGCCCCAUUAUUGUUUCCCUUAUUCUUGUUCUCCAAUCCGGGAGGAGAAAUGGCAGAGACGUUGCCGUUUCUUCGCAAUAGUUAUUGGAUUCUGAGGCACGGCAAGAGCAUCCCUAACGAGAAUGGUCUUAUUGUCUCAUCAAUGGCAAAUGGCACACUCGAAGAGUUUGGACUUGCUCCUGAGGGUAUACAUCAAGCAAAUUUGGCUGGCAAAUUGUUAGAUAAGGAACUCAAGACAAGAAAUAUCCCCAUCGAAACUGUUCAAAUAUGUUAUUCUCCAUUUUCAAGAACUACUCAUACAGCGAAAAUAGUUGCUGAUGUGUUGGGUAUCUCAUUUAAAAGUUGCCAGUGUAAGGCAAUGAUAGAACUUCGGGAACGUUUCUUUGGACCACUAUUUGAGCUUCUUUCACAUGAUAAGUAUGCAGAGAUAUGGAUCCUUGAUGAGAAGGAUCCUUUUACAUCAGUUGAAGGUGGAGAAAGUGUUGCAGAUGUUUGUUCUCGACUUUCAAUUGCUUUGGCAUCAUUGGAGGCAGCAUAUCAAGGAUGCAACAUUGUACUUGUAAGCCAUGGUGAUCCUCUUCAAAUUUUCCAAACAAUUCUCCAUGCAGCAAAAGACAAAACAUCUGCACAAGUAGACAUUUCUUCAAGAAUAAAGCAAGUUAUGACUCAUUCAAUCUUAUCACAACAUCGAAAGUUUGCCUUGCUCACAGCCGAACUCCGACAAAUCAAAUAAUCUUCUACUAGAAUUUUCUUCCAGGCUUCUUUUGGGAUAAGUAGUUUUGUACUAAAAAAUUGUUUUAAAAAGUUAUAAAAAUUAUCUCAAACGAAGCCUUAAGUGAUGAGAGCCACUCAGCUGCUCCCUCCCUCUCUGCUUUCACCAUUGAUCUUAUGCACAUCGAUCAAAAUAUCUCUAAUGUCAUUUGUUUACAAUUAUUGGAUGGAUAACAAAGGAAUUCUUUUAAUUUAUUAUGUAUAAAAUGGGAUUGUAAUGUAUUAUAA